UAAUAUUUGGUCCAGGCGUUGCACCGGCACAAGUUCGGUUCGUUGAGUGAAUCGUAGGCGUUGAUGGUCGCGGAGUGUGUUUCCUUAGACGCCCGGAUUAGUCUUGGCACAUUGGCGCUUGUAAUUUUGAUCAUUGGUAGAUCGAGGCCGGUUGACACUGGCGCUGCUUCUCUUUUCAUUUUACUCACCACGCCACAACGUUAUUGCACCAUGCGUAGUCCAAGUCCAGCAGCAGUUGACGUCAUGGCUGCGCCCGCGUCGCUCCGGCGACUUUUUCUCGUCCUACUGCCAGUAGCGUCUUUGGCAUUGAACCUCCCGACGAAAACCUCCAAACCGCCAAAAGAGACCGACACGCGAAGCAAUUGCUGGCGCUACCUGGACCAAACCGACGCAAUCUGCCACUCGCUGGAAAAAGACGCAAAAGCCAAGUGCCAGCAACACUUCUGUGGACCGAUUUUUGAAGCGACAGGUGCUUUUUUAAUACCAUCUAUCAAAAAUAGCUUUCAUUAUUACAGUUGCAGAAAGUCACGCAUGAUAGACAGACCACUUGAGCAUAGGCAUACAAGUAUCAUUCUCACCAGAAGAGCAAGCAAAUCCAAAUGCAUACAUCGAAGUUCUACAACAAAGCCAAACUAACAUCAACCCUGUAUAAAAAACUUCUCCAUGAUUAUAGCGUCCAGCUGCUCCGACAUUGAGAAGUGGCAACAGAAAUGGGAUCGGUUGCAGGCCAGUGUGCAGGUCUUGUGCCCAGAGCCGCCACCCCGCCACGCGGGCGGGGAUGUGGAGAAGUCCCAGGACCCGAAGUACCUGGAGGACCACAUGCUCGAUGAGCCCCUGAAGCCGUGCGCGAAGUAGAAAUGUUGAAGUGGCGAGAAUUGUUGAGAUGCAAAUUAUGUAUGAUCUGCCGCGAGACCACGGACAGUAGCUCAUUUGAUGAAAAGUACGUCCCGAGAGCGAGAAAAUUCGACGAUCGGCACCGCUAUGAUUUUCUUUUCCGCCUACGGGCUACAAGUACCACUCUGACGCCGUUUCAGAUUACAACUCAUCUCCAGCUCCACCGAUCCUGACUGACGUACAACAAAAAUAAAAUCCAAGAUUCUACUGCUGUGCCUCGCCACUGACUGGCGCGGACCAUUCUAAAUUGGAGUUGUGGG